AUGAAUGCAGACGGGACCCAAGAGCUCUUCGAUGUGGCACGACGAGGCGACGCAGCAGAGCUCGCAACAGCUCUUGACGGUGGUGCAUCGCCUGACGCAACGAAUGAGAACGGCGACACGCUCGUGAUGCUCGCAGCGUAUCACGGUCACGCAGAAGCUGUGAAGCUCCUUCUUCAGCGCGGCGCAGACCCCAACCGACUGAACAACCGACAACAAUCGCCGCUUUCCGGCGCAGUGUACAAGCAGGACGAAGCCGUCAUCGAGGCUCUCCUCGCAGGCGGAGCAAACCCACACAUUGGCGCACCAACAGCAUGGCAGGCUGCAAAACUGUUCAGGCUAGAGAAGUGGGAGCAGCGAUUCCUGGAGGCGCGAUGA